GUGGACCCAAAGAUCUCUUCAGGAAGCAAUAAUUCAACUUCCCACAAGUUCGAAAAACGUGUUGGAGGAUGCGGAUCUGGAACUUGGUGGAGAGCUAAGCGUAGCGGACAUAGAUGCAAUGUUGGAUACAGACCCUCGCGGUCACAAUGUUCGCAAAGAGAGCAGACAUCUGGGCAAACUUGACUGUGAAUCACUGUCCCACUGUCAAAGUCCGGCGGCGAACAUCCCACCGCAUCAUGGGCCAGAAAGCUCUUGCAUGAGCGGCAGUGUAGAUGACCCUAUGCAAAUGUCCGAUGAGCCAGCUGCGAUCGACGGUGUUGUGUCAUCACCAUCGUGUGAGAAAACAGAGGAAUGGGCAGAACCUAAGCAUUCCGUACAAAGCGAGGAAGGUAGCCCUGAACCCAUCAAAUUGAUUCCACAAGCUGCGACGGAAUGCCCGCCACGGCCAAGGCGGUCAAUGAGUAUCGAAAAUUUAGUGGCUGAGCGUUUAUCUCAGAAUCACAGUACAUCAAGCUCUCCAGCUUUGCCAUCAAGUCCAGACCAGCAGGAUGGCGUGAGAUGUCAGAGUCAGUGCCAAGAUCCCUCUACCAAUUUCUCCCUCUCUAGAGCCAGGGAUCGGCUGGCAGUGGAACGAGUCCUAAAGAAAGCACCAUAUCAAAAGUAUCUGCAUCAAAUUGAAAUUCGUCUGAAGUACGCAAUAUUUAAAGUGCAGAAUGGAUGGGAGAAGAAGUCCUUAGCGGAAGUAAAGAACGACUAUGUGGAUACAUGCAGCGUUACGCCAGGACAUAGGAACAGUAUAGCGAUGAUGCAAUCAUGCAAGAGGCUGUUACCAGAUUUUGAGCAUAAUUGUGACACACGUUCCGCCAAAAAGAAAGUACCUGCCAUCAGAGAAGCCAGACUAGGCAGAACCAACGGUGGGCUGACAGGAAACCGUCCGAACGACACGGAAGUAACCAAUGCGGCCUUGGCCCUUCAAUCCCUAAGCAGAGCGGGUACACCACCAGACGUCCCGAAGAAAGCCCUAUCCCCCUGUGCGUCGCGAGCUGUCAAACGAAAACGUGCGGAGGACAGAAAAGCUGCCCAAACCAAUCCGCCUGCGGGGCAGUUAGGCAUGUCUGGUAUGGCAUCGCAAUAUUUAUCAACUGGACUUCAACAAAUACAGCAGCAAACCGAUUUAGCAAAACGUGCGAUACCUUUGUUCACAACGGAAUCACAAUCAAAGACUUCCUCAGCACCUGCCACAUUUUAUGUUCCUCCCUUGCCCUAUGCAUAUACCAUUCCUUCGACAUCACGCCCAUCUUCCGUCAAUAGCAAUUUUCCACAACCAUUACCAAUUUCAUUGCGGUCCCAAUCCACCAAUGACCAGAAACAAAAUUCGACUGUCGCUGCUUGGUAUGCUUUAGCGCGAGCGAAUCAGUCUGGCGAUGUUUCUGGGGGUUUGGGAAAAUGCAUUGGACCACGGCGACGAAGAGGGAAGCAUACGAGCCCCACUCAAAAACUGCCGUAAGAUUACGAUUUCAAUA